AUGACGCAAGCAACAGAGCCGGAUCCAGGCACCACCAAGAUCAACACCGGCCUGACGAAUUCUACACACAGUAGCAGCACCUCAAGCAGCGCCGAGCGGUACGGCUUGAUGGAGGACGACAACCGCCCUAUCCUGCUGUAUAAAUACCGCGGCGGGCUCCAGACGUCGUCGCAGAAGGACUUGUGCGCCUGGCUUGACAAGGGUAGGCAGAUACACCUCGUCUCAACAUUCACGCAGCUCGAGUUGCUGACAUCUUUGCUGCAGACGAGAAGCUCCGCGUCACCAAGAAACAAAUCCCCCGCAUGUCUUCGUACGUCGAUGUCAAGCGCCACGACCUCUACCUCCCGGAAGAGAAGGAUAUGUACUGCGAGCUCCCCAACUACGACUCUUCGCUCGCCUCGAUCAAGCUUCCCUCGCAGGUGUAUUGGAGUCGACUGUUUUUGGGCAGCUACGACAACCUGUACAUUGUCUCUCCCGAGAGCAGUCCGACAUCUAGUGUCGCUGAUGAGGAUAGUCGACGCACAAGUCCGACAAGCACAUGGGGACAAGACAGUCAAGAGGAUACGAGGCCGGGCGCGUUGAACGACUCGUAA